AUGAAACCGUCCGACGAUCCGGUCGGAUCAGAACUCCUGAGGAAGAAACGGAGCAACGGGAAGUGGAGCGGCCAGAGGCUGGCAGAGGCAGCAUCAUGCUGUGGGCCUGAGGCUGAGCCUUUGGUGAAGCUCAUCAAAGGCAAAAAUCCUCCGAAUGAAGGAUUUGUAAUGUGUGUUACUUGGACUGGACCGCAGGCCUUUCAGAAACCAGAAACCCAGUGGUUCUGGUUCUGUGAGCUGAAGGAGGCGGACCGUCGAGUUAGUGUGGUUCUGGACCCAUUGGGUUUCGUCGGUACCACAGCGGGUUUUGUUGAUGUGGUUCUGGAUCCACUGGGUUUAGUCCGUGUGGUUCUGGACGCAUUGGGUUUUGUUGGUGUGGUUCUGGACCCAUUGGGUUUCGUCGGUACCACAGCGGGUUUUGUUGAUGUGGUUCUGGACCCAUUGGGUCUAGUCGAUACCACAGCGGGUUUUGUUGAUGUGGUUCUGGAUCCAGCAGGUUUAGUCGGAACCACAGCAGGUUUCGUCGGUGUGGUUCUGGAUCCAUUGGGUUUAGUCCAUGUGGUUCUGGACCCAUUGGGUUUAGUUGGUGUGGUUCUGGAUCAGGAAGGUUUUGUUGGUGUGGUUCUGGACCCAUUGGGUUUAGUCGGUACUGCAACAGGUUUCGUCGGUGUGGUUCUGGAUCCAGCAGGUUUAGUCGGAACCACAGUGGGUUUCGUCGGUACCGCAGCGGGUUUAGUCCGUGUGGUUCUGGACCCAUUGGGUUUCGUCUGUGUGGUUCUGGAUCCAUUGGGUUUAGUCCGUGUGGUUCUGGAUCGGGCAGGUUUCGUUGGUGUGGUUCUGGACCCAUUGGGUUUCGUUGGUGUGGUUCUGGACCCAUUGGGUUUAGUCCGUGUGGUUCUGGAUCGGGCAGGUUUCGUCGGUGUGGUUCUGGACCCAUUGGGUUUAGUUGGUGUGGUUCUGGAUCCAGCAGGUUUAGUCGGAACCACAGCAGGUUUAGUCCGUGUGGUUCUGGACCCAUUGGGUUUCGUCGGUGUGGUUCUGGAUCCAGCAGAUUUAGUCUGUGUGGUUCUGGAUCCAUUGGGUUUUGUCGGUGUGGUUCUGGAUCCAGCAGAUUUAGUCUGUGUGGUUCUGGAUCCAUUGGGUUUUGUCGGUGUGGUUCUGGAUCCAGCAGGUUUCGUCGGUACCACAGUGGGUUUCGUCGGUGUGGUUCCGGACCCUGUGGGUCCAGUCGGUGUGGUUCUGUUCUAG